AUAAAAAAGCCGGCCACAUAAUCUAUAAAUACAGAGAUAAAGAUGCAUCUUUCCUUUCUGCGGAGUGGCGCCCUUUAUGGAUUAUAAUCUGGCCAAUCAAAUCCUGCCCGGUAACAAACGACUGAGGAUCAAAAGGAACCUUAGAUUUUAGACAAUUAUUAGGAAACAUGGUGGGACUUAAACCCUCAGAUGUUCCCCCUCCACUGGGGGUGAAGAUGGCGAGUGCUGGGGCUGCAGCCUGUGUAGCGGACCUGUUCACAUUUCCUCUGGACACAGCCAAAGUCAGACUGCAGAUUCAGGGAGAGAUGAAGGGAGUGGAAGGAAUCCGCUACAGAGGGGUGUUUGGGACCAUCACCACCAUGAUCCGAACAGAGGGGCCCAGGUCUCUGUACAACGGGCUGGUGGCGGGGCUGCAGAGACAAACGUGCUUCGCCUCCAUCAGAAUCGGCCUCUACGACAACGUCAAAAGCUUUUACACUGGUGGCAAAGACAACGCUAGUAUACUGGUGCGUAUCCUGGCUGGCUGCACUACAGGCGCCAUGGCGGUGUCUUUUGCACAACCCACUGAUGUGGUCAAGGUUCGGUUCCAAGCCCAGAAGAACCUGGACGGCGUGGCUCGACGGUACACCGGCACCAUGCAGGCCUACAAACACAUCUUCCAGAACGAGGGCAUACGUGGACUCUGGAAAGGUACACUACCCAACAUCACAAGGAAUGCGCUCGUCAACUGCACAGAGCUGGUUACAUACGACCUGAUCAAGGAGGCCAUCCUUAAACACAAUCUGUUGUCAGACAAUCUGCCGUGCCACUUUGUAUCUGCGUUUGGUGCCGGCUUUGUCACCACGGUGAUCGCCUCCCCAGUAGAUGUGGUGAAAACUAGAUACAUGAACUCUCCACCGGGCCAGUACAAGAGUGCCAUCAAUUGUUCUUGGACCAUGAUGACUAAAGAGGGGCCGACGGCUUUCUACAAAGGAUUUGUGCCCUCAUUUCUGAGGUUGGGAUCAUGGAACGUUGUGAUGUUUGUCUCAUUCGAACAAAUCAAGAGAGCCAUGAUGGUCACAAAGAAGAGGAUGGAGGACAGAAAUUGAGAUUCAAAGUUUGACUGAAAAAUCUGAGCUACCACUGGGUUGGAACACCGAUAAUAGUUUUAUUCUAUUUGUCUUGUGGUGACAAAGAAGAAAGUCCUUUGUUGAAAAAGGAAUACUGGAGUUCAGGGUACCUUGUAUUUGACUUUACACUUAAAUGCAGUUCUAUCUUUGUAUUUAUCAUUUUUCAUAAUGAACCCAUUUGAGAUUUAAUGGGAGUGAAUGGUGCUAACACUAGGUUGUGAUAACCCUCCUUUGGGAAGUUGCUCUUUAAGAUCUGUAAAUCUAAAUCUGCCAAUUAUACAUUUUAGGGAGCUCCCAGCAGAGCACCUUUACAGAAUACUGGUGCCCAUAAUAAAAUGUCAACAGAUUUACGUGAACUCUGAAUAUAUUUGACUUGUUUUACAGACCCGGUGCUUGCUUAUGAACUUGUGCUCUCACUUACACCACGCAGAACACAUUUCAAAACAUUAAAGUGUGUAUUUAUUAA